ACUCACUUUACACACGAGCUGCUGGCCGCUGUGGACGUUAGCCGCUCUGAACUCGUUUUGUCCCACAGUCUCAAAUAACACAUUUUUACCAACUUGGAGACCAUUCGGACAGCUGAGAGGUUCUGUAAGAAGAAGGGAGGGCAUAUCUGGGGUCCAGACAAGAGUUGGAAAAAUAAAGCAGCAGGCUGAAGAUGAACGGACAGGGAGCUAUAAGAAGCUCUUGGAGGAGCAGAGGCAGCUCUGGUUCAUGGAGGGGAGGAAGAGGCUCUGAACGUGGUGGAAGGGGUGGUUGGCGAGGAGGUUGGAAUAGAGGAGGAGGAGGUAGAGGCUGGAGGGGCCGUCCUUGGGAAAGAGGAGGGAGCAAACAUUCACCCAACAUCACACAGCGUGGUGCAGAGUUUGCUUCACCAGUUCAUCGUGUAACCCAAGCAACACUUGAUGUAGGAUGUCCCUACAAGGGAUGGAGGCUUUAUUUUUCUGAAGGUUUUGUCGAGUCUGCACUUUAUGUUGAGAAGAUAAAGACAUUUGAGCAGUACUUCACAUCACAAAUUGAUCUUUAUGACAAAGAUGAAAUUGAAAGAAAAGGGAGCAUCUUGGUGGACUACAAAGACCUACUCUCGAACAAACAGAUUGCUGCAGCGCUUCCUGCUCUUGCUCGUGAGCUCAGAGACAUGCCUGAAAAGAUACUUGACUGCCUGGGCUUAGCCAUUCAUCAGGUGCUUACAAAGGAUCUGGAAAGGCAUGCAGAUGAGCUACAAGCCCAGGAGGGGCUGCCUACGGAUGCUACUCCUAUUAUCAAUAUACCACACAUAAGUGCUAGGAUUUACAACUAUGAGCCACUGAUCCCACUGAAGAUGCUGAGAGCCAAUUUAUAUGGUAAAUUUGUGGCUAUUAGAGGGACUGUAGUUAGAGUGAGCAACAUCAAACCUCUCUGCAGCAAGAUGGCUUUUAUUUGUAACAGCUGUGGAGACACUCAGAGCCUGGCUCUGUCUGAUGGGAGAUACAGUACACCCACUAAGUGUCUUCAGAAAGAAUGCCGUGGUCGAACCUUCACCCCUAACAGAAGUUCACCUUUAACACUUACAGUUGACUGGCAGACUAUAAAAGUUCAGGAGCUGAUAGCAGAUGACCAACGUGAAUCAGGACGUAUUCCCCGUACUAUUGAGUGUGAACUUACUCAGGACCUGGUGGACAGCUGUGUACCCGGGGACAUGGUCACCAUCACAGGAGUUAUUAAAGUAUCCAGUGAGGAAGGGAGUGGAAGAAAUAAAAAAGACAAGUGCAUGUUCCUGCUGUACAUUGAUGCAAAUUCGGUCAGUAAUUCAAAAGGCCAAAAAAACAAGCCUGCUUCUGAACCAGAAGGCCAGGGGGCAUCGGUCGAGUUUUCACUCAAAGAGCUGUAUGGCAUCCAGGAGAUUCAAGCACAAGAGGACCUUUUCAAGUUAAUUGUGAAUUCUCUUUGUCCAGCCAUCUAUGGGCAUUUGCUUGUUAAGGCAGGAUUAUCUCUGGCAUUAUUUGGAGGCUGUCAGAAGUACAUGGAUGAUAAGAACCGAAUCCCUAUAAGAGGAGACCCACAUGUGCUUGUGGUAGGAGAUCCUGGCCUUGGAAAAAGUCAAAUGUUACAGGCGGUAUGUAAUGUUUCCCCACGUGGCAUCUAUGUGUGUGGGAACACCACCACCUCCUCAGGACUGACAGUCUCUCUGUCUAGGGACAGUGGCUCUGGAGACUAUGCACUUGAAGCCGGAGCCUUAGUGUUAGGAGAUCAGGGUAUCUGUUGCAUUGAUGAAUUUGAUAAGAUGGGAAAUCAGCACCAGGCGUUGCUAGAGGCUAUGGAACAGCAGAGCAUAAGCUUGGCUAAAGCUGGCAUUGUCUGCACCCUUCCAGCUCGCACUUCCAUCGUUGCAGCAGCCAACCCAGUGGGAGGCCAUUACAACAAGGCUAAAACAGUAUCGGAGAAUCUAAAAAUGGGCAGUGCCUUACUAUCCAGAUUUGAUCUUGUCUUCAUUCUUCUGGACACUCCGAAUGAAGACCACGACCACAUGCUGUCAGAGCACGUCAUGGCUAUGCGUGCAGGUAAAAAGGGAAUGGUUAGCAGCGCUACAGUUGCCAGGAACUCUACCCAGGAGUCCAAUAUAUCCAUUCUGGAGAUUCCAUCAGACAGGCCUCUUUCAGAAAGGCUAAAGGUGUUUCCAGGAGAGAAUUUAGAUCCAAUCCCCCACCAACUUCUGCGUAAAUAUGUGGGUUAUGCCCGGCACUAUGUGCAUCCCAGUCUUUCAGCUGAAGCUGCACAGGUUCUUCAGGAUUUCUAUCUGGAACUUCGCAAACAGAACCAAUCAGCUGACAGCACCCCUAUCACAACCCGCCAGCUGGAGUCCCUCAUCCGCCUCACUGAGGCAAGAGCACGUCUUGAACUUCGAGAGAAAGCUACUCAAAGUGAUGCAGAGGAUGUGGUGGAUAUUAUGAAACACAGUUUGACAGAUACUUACUCUGAUGAAUUUGGCCGGCUGGAUUUUGACCGAUCUCAGCUUGGGUCUGGAAUGAGCAACAGAUCUAAAGUCAAGAAGUUUGUUGUGGCAUUGAACCAAAUCGCUGAGCGCACCCACAAAACAUUGUUUGACUUCACGGAGCUGCGGCAACUGGCUAAAGAGCUCCAAGUUCAGGUGGUUGAUUUUGAGGGCUUCAUCAGUGCACUCAAUGAACAAGGUUACCUGCUGAAAAAAGGACACAAAACAUAUCAGCUCCAAACUAUUUGAAUGAAGCUUUCAGUGCUGUUUUAAUCCCCUGUUGUUCUAUGAGGGUACGUUUUUUUUGUGGCUCUAUAUCACAACUACACAUUCUCUUUAAGAGGUUUAUGAUAUUGGGAAUAUGCAUAUUAUUUGUUAUACAGU